AUGGAUCCUGGGAAGUUGCCCUUUGGAACUCGAUCUUGUGAAACCGAACCCUGGCGCUGGAUUCGGGACGAGUCAGGGAUAGCUGACGGGACCGUCAUUGUCAGAAACAUCGACGGUGUCACACACCCGCCUACCAAUGAUGAUUUACCGAGCAUUGUCCAGGACCUAAAUUCCAGGUGGACGACAAAAUCUAAAGUUAGCCAGACCCCCAGGACUCAGCUCUGGUCGUUGAGUACUACAAUAGAUGGGGUCCAAGGCGACAAGCCUACUGAGGAAGACAUCCCAUUAGGACUGCCGUGGGGUGGCUUUUUGAGGUUAGAGACCGGCCUUCUCACCGUUACAUGUAGUGCUCCUGUCCACGGCAAGUCCAAGUUCGAGCUUGACCGCGACGGCAUCAUCUGCUCGUUUCUGAGUGCAGAGGGCCAGAAUCUAGUAAUCCUCGCCCUUUCCGGGGUUCGCAAUGUGGAAGCAAGCCUUAGGUCUGAUGGAACCGGGUCCGUUACAGUCAGGGUGAAAAACGACAGUGAGGCCGAGGAGCAGGCAAUAGUCCUUAUUGCUAUCGGCGAGGACUUUCGGACGGCCAUGGCUGCCGUAAUGUACCAUGCCCGGGACAUAGCAGUCUCCGCGGCCAGCAAAGGCCUCCAGGGCCAGGAUGCUUUGCGAGAACCUGAGCGAGCCCUGCCGGCCUGGCGAGAGAACUGGUACGAUGGCCUGGGGUAUUGUACCUGGAAUUCUCUUGGCCAGCGAUUAGCGGACCAAAAGAUCUUUCGAGCCCUCGCUAAAUUGAGGGAUAGCGGUGUCAAGGUUUCAAGCUUGAUCAUCGACGACAACUGGCAGUCGAUAGAUUCGCAAAGCGAGGAUCAAUUUGACAACGGCUUGAUGGACUUUGAAGCUGAUCCGCAGUCUUUUAGCCAAGGGCUCAAGGCAACUAUCCGCCAUAUCCGCGAGGAAAACCCUCACAUUCAUCACAUCGCUGUUUGGCAUGCUUUGUUUGGCUACUGGGGAGGGAUAUCACCACGCGGGAAGCUCGCAACAUUUUAUAAAACCGAAGAUGUCAGUCAGCGGCGAGGGAUUGGCUCCAACCCGAACCAGCUCAAGACCACGACGGUGAUCUCCAAGGAUGACGUCUCACGCUUUUACAACGAUUUCUAUAGGUUCCUUGCCCUGUGUGGUGUCGAUGGCGUCAAGACCGACGCCCAAUACAUGGUCGAUACCCUGACUUCGGCAUCUUCCAGGCGGGAACUAACAAAUGCCUAUCUCGAUUCUUGGAACAUUGUCUCCCUCCGCUACUUUGGAGACAAGGCCAUUUCCUGCAUGUCACAAGCGCCCCGAAUCAUGUUUUACGCACAAUUCCCACACAACCGGUCUCGCAUCCUCUGCCGCAACUCGGAGGAUUACUUCCCCCACGUGCCGUCCUCCCACCCUUGGCACGUCUGGGCCAACGCCCACAACAGCUUGUUUACGCGGUAUCUAAACGUCUUGCCGGACUGGGACAUGUUCCAGACCGCCCACGAAUACUCGGCCUACCACGCCGCGGCGCGCUGCAUCACGGGCCAGACUAUCCGCGGCAGGACCGUGAUUCUCCGGCCGAGCGUGGUCGGCCAAGCCCUCGACCCCUACUCGGGAUACCACGACAGCGUCUUGCUAAAAGUCGGCAGCUACGACGGCGGGUCGGAGACGGGAACUCCCAUCCUCGGCGUGUUCAACGUGUCAUCCCGCCGAAUCACAGAACUUAUCCCGUUGGCCUCCCUUCCGGGAACCGGAUCCUUUUGCCACUAUGUCGUCACCGCAUACACGACUCGGGCGGUCAGCCAGCCUCUCAAGUUAGGCGACCCCUCAGCUCUCCUGGCCGUCACUCUCGAUCAGCGGGGAUACGAAAUCUUCACUGCGUAUCCAACCCUGCGGUUCGACGCGGGGAACAAGGAGGUUCUCGUCGCGAACCUCGGUCUCUUAGGUAAAAUGACGGGCGCCGCUGCGGUAGCGUCGAGCAAGUUUCGCGUCGCCGACAAUGGGCGCCUACGUCUCGACACAGAUCUGAAGGCCCUUGGUACCCUUGGGGUGUAUAUCUCACACUUGCCUACCCUUACUAUUGAGGACGACUUCAUCGCCACCAUCUCGGGUAGGGUCAUCCCGCCCGAAACCGUCUCAAUCAGCAGGCAUGACCCCCACGUCUUGGAAAUUGACGUAGAAGCCGCUUGGAAGGGAGUGGGUGAGCCUGUUGGCUGGAGCAAUGACAUUGACGUCCGGGUGUAUUUCACCCUCAAAAGUGACGCCUCGCCUGCUGUGGCCUGGGCAACAUUUAGGAGAGAAGACCAAGGAGCUACAUGCUUUGAUAUCGGUAGUAGCUUUCAAGACUGGGUUAGAAAUGGGGUAACUAGCUCUAAAGUAGAAGAUGAUCCGCCCAUUCUUUGGCAGUAG